AUCUGGCCGGUUACGCAGACAGAGAAGAACAAUUUGCAUGUAUGGGAAGCUCCCUGAAAUCGGUAGGAAAGACCGAAACAGCAGAGUAGAAAAGAGUGGAGGAAAGUAAGGAGGAAGUUAUUUUUCUAACGGGACAGGAGGAGCUGACCAGCAGGAAUGUUGCCGGUGAUCCUGACGGUUUACCUCAGUGACACCCAGCAGAUGCUAACUGAGGUCCCAGUUACUCCAGCAACCAGAGUGAUUGACGUGGUCGAAUACUGCAAAGAAGCUGGCGAGGGGGAGUGUCACCUGGCUGAAAAAUGGAAUGGGCAUGAGCGAGUUCUCCCUCAAGAGUUGUUAUUGUUGGAUCUUCUCCAGCAGUGGGGGGCCAGGAGGCCGGAGGUCAGCUUCUACCUCAGACACUGCCCCUCUUGGACACAAGAAAAACAGCGACCUUUGGAGCAAAGCUGGACCACAGAAGCAACAGAGAGUGCUAAUGACAGGGUUCCCCGUGUGGAGCUGACCCUCUCUGAGCUCCAGGAAAUGGCCACAAGACAACAGCAACAAAUAGAGGCUCAGCAACAGAUGUUGGUCGCCAAGAAAGACGUCAUCACCUCUUCUCAUCUGAGCCCAGCCCACAUCAAAACACUGAGAAAAGAGCAGAGACUGAGGUAUCUUCAGCAGGGAGGCAGAUCUAACCAGGGACAGACUCAGUCUGAAGCUGAGAAGCUGCAGCGGCUGAAAGAGCGUGUAGAGACUCAGGAAGCCAAGCUGAAGAAGAUCCGAGCCAUGAGAGGACAAGUCGACUACAGUAAACUGAUCAACGGAAACCUCUCUGCAGAGAUUGACCAUGUUAGCAGCCUGUUUCAGGAGAAGCAGGCAGAAUUACAGUCUGCUGUGGUCAGAGUCGACCAGUUGACCCAGCAGCUGGAGGAUUUGAGGAGAGGACGCCUCCAGCUACACUCUGUUGCACCAGCUCAGGGGGCUCCCACCGGGUCCCAGGGUGCACCCACUGGCCAGAAAGGAUCACCCCUGUCUGGUCCUGCAGCCCUGGAACUGAGGAAACUCUACCAGGAGCUGCAGGCUCGUAACCGUCAUAACCUGGAACAGAGCAGCAAGUUGGCCCAGAACAAGGAGCUGCUGAACAAGAGGAAUGCCCAGGUGACGGUGAUGGAUCAACGCAUUGGAGACCUGAGAGAACGACUGCAUAAGAAGAGAGCGGAAUUGAGUCGUAUGAAUGGAGGAGGAGUGUCCUCGCCGCCGAUCUCUUCCCACCCAGGCGGUGGAGUCUCUGGUCGGGUAGCGGCUGUCUGCCCCUACAUCCAGGUUCCAGCAGAGGGGAGACAGGAGGCGGGGUACCCCAUGUCAGCUGAUCCACCACCCAAACCCACCCCGCUCAGCCACAUACGCUCCCUCUCAGAGGAGGACAGGAGUGCCGCCAGGAAGCCUCCCAGCCAAUGGAAAGUGUCAGAUUUAGACAUCGUCCUGUCAGAGCCCACUGACACGUGGGAGGGACCUCGGUCCCCUCAGGGGGGCGACGGUCACAACACUAAUGAAGCGUCAUGGCCUAGCAUCAGUAAGAGUGUGUCAGAUUGGAGGACCAACAGUCCAGAACAGCAUCCCUCUGGUUAUGGUACCUACCCCAGUGCCACCCACCAGGCGGCAGGGCACCACUGUGCCACCAGCUCCCUGCCCCGUUCUGCCCCUGGUACACUGGGCUGGCCCCGAUCCAGUGCUGCAAAUUCCAAUUCAUCCUCCUCUUCAUCAUCUUCCUCUUCACAACAAAUACAGCAACGGAUCUCUGUCCCUCCAAAGUCAAGCCAAGGCGCUGCCUCCACCCCCCAGCCCUCGCCCUUGUCCCCACAAACAGAGCGAACAGAUCCCCCUCCGGCGGUGGCCGUACGUCCCUACGUCCCGGACCACCCCUCCAGGCCCCAGUCCCCCAGAAAAGGCCCUGCCACUAUGAACAGCAGCUCCAUCUACAGCAUGUACCUCCAGCAGCCUCAGGCCAAAAACUAUGGGUCUCUGAGCAACAGGACUACUCUCAAAGCAGUCUAUGGUAAACCCAUCCUACCCACCUCUUCCACCUCGCCGUCCCCUGUCCCUUUUCUCCAGGGGGGAGGAGGAGUAAAAUCAGGAGGAGAGGAUGUUACAGAUAAAGAAGGAGGGAAAGGAGGAGGCGAGAGUAGUGAUGGGCAAAUCCUCCCUCCACCCAGCGUAGACAACAUCCCUCGCCCCCUGAGUCCCACUAAGCUCACCCCAGUUGCUCACUCACAGCUACGUUUCCAGAGUGACGCUGAUCUGGAGGUUCUCCGCCGACGUCUCAGCAAUGCCCCACGACCCCUGAAAAAACGGAGCUCAAUCACAGAGCCUGAGGGACCACAGGGGCCAAACAUCCAAAAGCUACUUUAUCAAAGGUUCAACACGUUGGCGGGAGGCAUGGAAGGAGGCUCAGCCAAUACUUUCUAUCAGCCUGACUGCCUUUUGGGUGACAUGGACAACAUCCACUCAGCAAAUGGGAAUGUGGAACCUGUUGACAAGCACGUCGGUAUGGCAAACGCAGAGGGCGAAGUUCAAAACCUGAACUCGAGCUCCCGCCGCUUGUCCCCUCCUUCUGUUGUCAUAGAAACAUCCAAAGACACGACAGCAAAAGCGGAAACUACCAAUAAUGUGUCUCCAUCAACCCAACCCAGCCCGCCCCCGGCACCUGAGGACCAGAACAAUAACAAUCAGAGAGGAUCUAGUCCCGCACACAACUCUGUAGGCCACGCCUCUCCUUCUCCAUCACCCCCUGCUCCACCUUCACUGCCUAAGGUGAAGCGAACCAACCUGAAGAAGCCGUCAUCAGAGCGAACAGGCCACGGCCUGAGAGUGAAGUUCAACCCUCUAGCUCUGCUGCUGGACGCAUCGCUAGAGGGGGAGUUUGAUCUGGUUCAGAGGAUUAUAUAUGAGGUGGAAAAUCCCAGUAUGCCUAAUGAUGAAGGCAUAACUCCUCUUCAUAAUGCUGUCUGCGCUGGCCAUCACCACAUUGUUAAGUUCCUGCUGGACUUUGGAGUUAAUGUAAACGCAGCUGACAGUGACGGAUGGACUCCUCUGCACUGUGCAGCCUCAUGUAACAGCGUCCACCUCUGUAAGAUGCUGGUGGAGUCGGGCGCCGCCAUUUUCGCCACAACAAUUAGCGACGUGGAAACAGCGGCAGACAAAUGUGAAGAAAUGGAAGAGGGCUAUACACAGUGUUCUCAGUUCCUCUAUGGUGUACAAGAAAAGUUGGGUGUGAUGAACAAAGGCUUGGUCUACGCUCUCUGGGACUACCCGGCCCAGCAGGCCGAUGAGCUGUCCUUCAGCGAGGGUGAUGCCCUCACCGUGCUACGUCGGCGUGACGACACUGAGACAGAGUGGUGGUGGGCCCGGCUUAAUGACCACGAGGGAUAUAUACCCAGAAACCUGCUGGGGCUGUAUCCAAGGAUCAAACCCAGACAGCGCUCACUGGCAUGAAGCCCAGAUCAGGAGCCACAUGCACACUCGCAGAGGGCGCAUGCACACAGAGAAGAAGAGGAGCAGUGGCAUGUGAUUGGAAGCAUUAAGUCAGGAAAGAAAGAACAAUCGAUGGAGGUAGUCAGCAGAUGGAAUGAGGGCAGAAAGAGAGAAACAAAGAUGGACUGAAGAACUUUUUCCCCUGUUUGUUUGGAUUUGAUGCUGGAACCACGAAACCACUUUAUGGUAGAAUCAUAAUAUAUUUUCAGUGAGUCGCUGCAGUUAAAAGAAAUUGCCUGAAUCUCAUUUUGAGCAACAGUAGCUUGGCAACUUCACACAAGCCGCAUGAGAGAAGCUGAACAAAAAAAACAAAGAUCAUUUGAAUGCAGUUUUGAGUUCUUCCAGCUCAGAACAUGAAAGCAUGAGCUUGGAAUUUUAAGGCUCUGACAUUUACCCAAAUAAUCUUGAUCUUUGAAUGCCACUUUAUUUUUGUAUAGUGUUACAAAGAAAAAGCACCCAGAUUGAUUUUCAUAAAACCAAGCUCAUAAACAGUAAAAGGAAAAAAAAAUGCCUCAAUGGCAAUGAAUAGUAAGUUGUCUGAAAAACACUUUCUACACUGGUGUGAAGAUUUAAAUGCAGUAAAUUUACAGGCUGGAUCAGGUGAAAGUGAAAUAGGAAGUUGGAGAGAGGAAAGUGAGAAGAAAGUGUGACUCUGAAUGUGUGUUAAAGGAAGUCAGGUUUUGUCAAGUUGGUGAUGUAGCUGCUAUUAGCAGCAUUAGUUUGGAAUAACGUUGGUACAACAGCAAGAAGACUGAGAAACAGAACCCAAUAAGCUUGUGAUGCAUGAUGGCUGAGGUCCACAUCAACCCACAAGAGCAACAGAUGUUGACAAUAUAAUUUUAUGACAUGGUAAAAAAAGAAGAAGUUUGAACUGAUCUCAGAGGAAUAUUUCCAUUCUGAUUUCACAAAAUGAUAAAAGAAGCAUCUGUGAGUCAUUACGGACGUCUCAACCUUGCACUAUUCUGUGGUUAUGUUGACUCAGCACUGGCGCAUGCUGCCGUAUUAACAUCUGUUCAACUGGUUGCUGCUGGCGAGACAGGAGGAAAGGAGGAGACAAGACGUAAAACAAGAGUGUGAGAAAUGAAUUUUGUGAAAUCAAAGCACCUAGAAAAUAGGUUUAGAGAUGGAAUAUGGAAGAAUACUUGUUUCAUUAAAAAAAACAACUCUGCCAAUCUUUACCCAUUAACACAUAUUAACUACACAAUACCUGGUCCUCAUACUGGGGCAAUACUGGUACGAGGCUCUAAAACUAACAAUAUGAUCAAGCAGUGUUUGUCAUCUAUCAAAAGCUCAGUGUGUAAGGAUUCAGUAUUCGCCAGUCCACUUAAAUAUAUCUCAUAAACGCUCCUGUGGCUGCUCUGUGUUGUCUUCAAAGUCAAGACAAAAUUGUCAUAGCAAAUCCAGCCUCACCCUGGCACAUUGUAGACAAAGUUUAGAAGGUUGAAAGAAUAACUGUAUACAUUAUCCCUGAACUGACUGGUUUAGUGUUAGAAUGGGGCUAAAACAGCCAAGAGUGGAUGAAGAAUCCAAAGUAUGAAAACAACUGGACUUUCUUGAAAUGUCAUCUCAUCCAUCCAUCCAUCGUCAACCGCUUAUCCUGUGUACAGGGUCGCGGGAAAUGUCAUCUCUGAUUUUUUUCAUAUUUGCGUAUUUCAGUAGUUGUAUGAAAAGUAUUAUUCCCUUGAUUUGUUGUUUUAUUUAAACCAAAACGCUGACAUUUUUUUUCUAUUAUUAUUAAUAUUAUUAUUAUUUCUAUGAUUAUUAUUAUUAGAACACAUUGCUCUUAUUUCUUUUUAUCUGGGCUGUGCCAGUCACUCACUGCUGCCACCCAGUGUACAGGAAGGUUUUGACACAAGCGUCACUUCCUUACACCUGCUGUGUAAAAUAUGAAGCAAUAAGAGUGUUUGAUGAUGUUUGAUGUGAGAAUGGCACAUUGGUCUGAGGAGUGCGAACCAUUACUUUGUGUUUAUGCAACCUGUAACCACGCAGCUCAUGUACAAAAAUAAUAAAGACAUAAUAAUCCCUA